UGGUGCGCUGUGUCCCUCAGACACAGCGUAUCACCGAUCCAUGGAAAGAGCCGAAGAUGUCGGCUUGGUCAUGUGAUCAGCUGUGUCCAAUCACAGCUGAUCACAUGGGACAUGUACACUGAUCAUCAGAGCACUGAUGAUCUGUGUAGCCCCAGCAGUGCCAACUGUCAGUGUCCAUCAGUGCCAGCUGUCAGUGCUCAUCCAUGCCACCUGCCAGUGCCCAUCAGUGACACAUUUCAGUGCCCAUCAGUGCCACAUUUCAGUGCCCUUCAGUGCACAUCAAUGCCACAUAUCAGUGCCCAUCUGAGCUUUGCCUUUCAGUGUCACCCGUCAGUGCCACCUAUCAAUGCCAGUCAGUGCCACCUAUCAGUGCCAGUCAGUGCCGCCUAUCAGUGUGCAUCAGUGCUGCCUAUCAGUGCCGGUCAGUGCUGCCUAUCAGUGCCGCAUAACAGUGCCGCCUAUCAGUGCCAUAUAUGAGUGCCGCCUUUCAGUGCCCAUCAGUG